CUUCUCUUGCGUUCUCUUUACAACCCAAAAGUCUUUCAUCUGAAGAAAAAGAAACACCAAAUUCUUUCGCAGUAAUGCUCUCUUUCUCUCUCCUCGCUUUGGCCUCUGUAGCUUCCUUCGCCACGGCCGUUCCUUCUGAUCAGAGCGGCACCGCUCAAUUCGCUCUCUCCUGCAGUGGAAUUACAGUGCCUGACGUCGUCGCUCAGAGUGGCACGAGCUACUUUACAUCCUCGCUCAAAUUCUUCCCCGACGGUGGAGAUGGCGAUGCGAUCCCGGCUACCGCUUGUACAGACGAGAGUUCAACUUGCAGCAACUGCCUAUUCGAAGGCGGCGGUCUCAGCUCCCCGACCAAUGUGACCGGUUGCUGGAAUCCUCCUGCCGGUCAAGCUGGAUGUUCUGUCAGUUUCCAAUACAAUGGUUAUGACUUUGAUACUCAGAACAAACAACCUUACUGUGGACAUAAGAACGGAUUUCAACCUUUUGCUUCUGACCUUACCGCAUUGUGCUACUUCAAUGUAGACCAGAACUACAGUGGAGCUUAAGGAAUGGGUUGCAUAAGAAGACGUGUGGUGGUUUGAGGGCUCAAGGACUGGAUGUUGAAGAGUCAUGGUGACUGGAACGUGGAAAUCCAGCGGUAAACUCGAAACGAGAAGACGGCAGAAAAAGAUGUGGUUAGCAUGGCCAUGUCAAAGCACAAAUUCUAGAGAAUGGGCAGAUCAAGGAUGUCUCUAGAGGCAAGAUGGCGAACUACAAGACCUUAAUGAUGGCGUCACACAUGCUGAUGGCUUCUGAAU